AUGUUUCCGACACCGAACAUCGCCGUGAGCUGCCCAUUGCCUGACGGGAUCUCUUUGCAAGAGGUCAAGACCUGGAUUUACAAGCUCGGCGGUAGCUACCAUGAGCGGGUCUACGAAACGACAGAUGUUUUAUGUUCUACGUACCACAGAAUUCGAUAUUUGCACAAGGAUGCCUUCCGAGCCACGCAGCUGAAGGCGGCUAUCGUUCCUUUUGAAUGGCUUCACGAUUCGUACAAACGAGGCAAGUUUCUGCCCGUGUCACGUCAUCUUAUGCAUGCGCGGCAGGAUCCAAAAUGUGCUCCACUCAGGGGCUGCGUGAUCGCUUUCACGAGCAGCUUCCCUUUGCCCAAAGGGGGUGAGAGCUACGACAGUGUGCGCAACGCCAUUGUCAGGCUAGGUGGUACUCACAGGGCUGAUGUACGGCCAGAUGUCUUGACGCACUUCUGCGUCACAGAGAAGGAACUCGAUCGGUUCGACUCUCUCGUCGAGCAUGUCGUCACGCAUGUUCAACGACCUGAUCGGGAACCUCUCUGGAUCGUCAGCCAUCAAUGGUUGACCAAGUGUCUAGAGCAGCACGAACGGGCUGAAGAAAGCAGGUUUACGUUCCCGAGAUACAGGUAUAGUAGGGGCAUAAAUGGCACCGCCAGUGAGGACAGCCCGAACGAUGUGGAGAGCGAGGAGUCGACAUAG